CCCAGCUAGACUCUGAAUCUGCCGCCAACAGGCUCCGCCCCCAGCUAAUCAGGAUCAGCAGCCAUGAAUGAGACGGCGUGAGGGAGGCUGCAGAGUCACUGAACUGACCCUGAGUAAAGCCUGGAGGGAGGACAGACGAGGAAACCUUUGUCCUGCAUCCACAUCUUCAGUCCUGCAGCAGCAGCAGCUGACCGUCUGGACCCACUCACGCCUGCACGGGUCACCCCAGGUUGGAAAGACCCCGAGGAAGAGGAGCCUGUGUGGAGGAAAGUGACGGUCAGAAUCCUGGACAACAUGGAAACCAGACUGUGGAAGCUGGUCGUGCAGCGAUGACGGUUUCCAGCCUGUGGAUGCCUUCAGCUCUGAAUCCCUGCCAUUCCACAAGUUGAGUUCUGAUGUCCUGGAAUCAAUCAGAGUCUGAACCAUGGUCAUUCUGCAGCAGGGCGACUAUGUGUGGUUGGACCUUAACAUGCGCAGAGAAUUUGGGGUACCUGUGGGUGCCGUCGUUAAACUCUGUGAUUCGGGGCAGAUCCAGGUUCUGGAUGAUGAAGGCCGGGAACACUGGAUCUGCCCGCAGAACGCCACCAACAUCAAGCCCAUGCACCCGACCUCUGUCCACGGCGUGGAGGACAUGAUCCGGCUGGGCGACCUCAACGAGGCUGGCAUCCUCCGAAACCUGCUGAUCCGCUACUACGAACACGUCAUCUAUACUUACACUGGCUCAAUCCUGGUCGCCGUCAAUCCCUAUCAGCUCUUACCCAUCUACACCGCCGAACAGAUCCGACUCUACACCAAUAAGAAGAUUGGAGAGAUGCCGCCGCACAUUUUCGCCAUCGCUGACAACUGCUACUUCAACAUGCAGCGUAACAAAAAGGACCAGUGCUGCAUCAUCAGCGGGGAGUCCGGAGCAGGGAAGACGGAGAGCACGAAACUGAUUCUGCAGUUCCUUGCAGCCAUUAGUGGUCAGCACUCCUGGAUUGAGCAACAGGUCCUGGAGGCCACACCCAUCCUAGAAGCCUUUGGAAAUGCCAAAACCAUUCGUAACGACAAUUCCAGCCGCUUUGGAAAAUAUAUCGACAUCCACUUCAACAAGCGAGGAGCCAUUGAAGGAGCAAAGAUUGAGCAGUACCUGCUGGAGAAGUCUCGCGUGUGUCGCCAGGCUCCGGAUGAGAGGAACUACCAUAUUUUCUACUGCAUGUUGAAGGGCAUGGCUCCGGAGCUGAAGGUCAGACUGGGCCUGGGCGUGGCUGGAGACUACGCCUACCUCACCAUGGGUUCCUGUACAGACUGUGACGGCUGCGAUGACCUGAACGAUUACUCCAGCAUCCUUUCAGCCAUGAAGGUCCUCAUGUUCACCGACACAGAAAACUGGGAGAUUUCCAAGCUGUUGGCCGCCAUCCUGCACAUGGGAAACCUGCGCUUCGAGGCUCGUACGUACGACAACCUGGAUGCCUGUGUGGUUGUGAGAUCAGCUGAUCUGAGUACUGCUGCUGCACUCAUGGAGGUGGAGCCGAAAGAUGUGAUGGUGUGUUUGACCACACGAACCCUGAUCACAUGCGGUGAAAGUGUGACCACGCCUCUCAGCGUCCAACAAGGCCUGGACGUCCGGGACGCCUUCGUCAAGGGGAUCUACGGACGGCUCUUUGUCUGGAUUGUGGAUAAGAUCAAUGCAGCCAUAUACAGACUGCCGUCCUGUCAAACCAACGCCAUCCGCAGAUCAAUUGGUCUGCUGGACAUCUUUGGCUUUGAGAACUUCAUUGUUAACAGUUUUGAGCAGCUCUGCAUCAACUUUGCGAAUGAGAACUUGCAGCAGUUCUUCGUUCGUCAUGUCUUCAAACUGGAACAGGAGGAGUAUAACCUGGAAGACAUCAGCUGGCAGCACAUUGAGUUUACUGACAACCAGGAUGCACUGGACAUGAUCGCCAACAAACCCUUGAACAUCAUCGCUCUCAUCGACGAGGAGAGCAAGUUCCCGAAGGGAACCGAUGCUACAAUGUUGUAUAAACUCAAUCUGCAGCACAAGUUCAACGACAACUACAUCCCACCGAAAAACAGCUAUCAAACCCAGUUUGGUAUCCAACACUUUGCUGGUGUGGUGCAAUACGAGACCAGAGGUUUCCUGGAGAAAAAUCGAGAUAGUCUCCACACUGAUAUUAUUCAACUCGUUCACUCGUCCAAGAACAAAUUCAUCAAGCAGAUCUUCCAGUCGGACGUCGCCAUGGGUGUCGAGACCAGGAAACGAUCUCCAACUCUCAGCAGCCAGUUCAAACGCUCCCUGGAGAUGCUGAUGAAGACGCUCAGUGUGUGUCAGCCUUUCUUUGUUCGCUGUAUUAAACCCAACGAGAUGAAAAAACCCUUGUUAUUUGACAGGGAGCUCUGUAUUCGUCAGCUGCGCUAUUCUGGUAUGAUGGAGACCAUCCGGAUUAGGCGGGCCGGUUAUCCAAUCCGAUACACCUUUGCUGAGUUUGUGGAUCGUUAUAGAGUCUUGAUGCCUGGCAUUAAACCCGCCCAUCUUCAGGAAGACCUACGAGGGACCAGCCAGCAGAUUGUCCAACACCGACUGGGCAAGCAUGACGACUGGCAGAUUGGAAAGACCAAGAUUUUUCUGAAGGACCAUCAUGACAUGCAGCUGGAGAUCGAGCGGGACAAAGCCAUCACCGACAAAGUCAUUCUCAUCCAGAAGAUUGUACGAGGACAUAGAGAGAGGACGUAUUUCCUCAGACUAAGAAACGCUGUAACGUUUAUCCAGAAGAUUUGGAGGGGUUAUCGCUGCAGGAAAAACUACCACACUAUGCAGUCGGGCUUCGUGCGCCUCCAGGCAGUCUACAGGUCCAGGAAACACUACAGGAGCUACCGGAUGACUCGCCUUCGUAUCACCCUUGUUCAGGCGCGCUGCCGUGGAUAUCUGAUCCGGCAGACCUUUUGGCGGCGUCUUCGUGCCGUGUUGACCAUCCAAGCUUACACCAGGGGGAUGAUUGGCAGACGUAUCUGCCAGAGGCUGAGGGCAGAGCGGCAGCGGCGCCUGGAAGCCGAACGGCAGCGCCUGGCUGAGGAGGAGCAGCUCCGAAACCAGAUGACAGCGCUACGGGCCAAGGCAGAGGCCGAGAGGAAGCACCAGGAGCGCCUUGUCCUACUAGCUCAGCAACAGGAAGAGCAGGAGAGGGAGGAGAAGGAGGAGGCCAGGAGGAAGAAGGAGCUGCUGCAGCAAAUGGAGAGGGAGAAGGAGCGGCCAGUGGACCACUCGGACAUGCUGGACCACAUGUUUGGGUUCCUGGGUAACUCCGAACGGCUGCCAAAUCAGGACGGUCGAGCGCCAGCUGGCUUUGAAGAUCUUGAGAACACGCCCCAGGGCGAGGGGGAGGUGCUGACUGAAGCUCCGCCCCUGCCUGAAGAGAAAGAUGAGGAUUUGUCUGAGUACAAGUUCGCCAAGUUUGCAGCUAUGUACUUUCAAGGGGUUUCCACACACACGUACGUCAGACGGCCGUUAAAGCAACCGCUGCUGUUUCAUGAGGACGAAGGAGACCAGCUGGCGGCGCUAGCCGUGUGGAUCACGGUGCUCCGCUUCAUGGGCGACCUCCCCGAACCAAAGUGUGAGAUGGUGCUUCACGACGGCAGCGAAAAGAUCCCCGUCAUGACAAAAAUAUACAAAACCCUUGGCAGGAGGAGCUACAGGAGGGAGCUGCAGGAGCUGCAGGUGGAGGAGGAGAAUGGUUCCACUGACAGCCAGAAGCGCAACAGUGUCAGACAGAAGUUAGUAUCUCUCACACUGAAGAAGAAAUCAAAGAUCACGGAGGAGGUGACUAGGCGGUUGACCGACGCAGAUUACAGCCUUCAUGGGAACAGCAUGCUGGAGGACAGGCCCACCUCCAACCUGGAGAAACUUCACUUCAUCAUCGGCAACGGCAUCUUAAGGCCUGCCCUCAGGGAUGAGAUCUACUGUCAGAUCUGCAAACAGCUAACGCAAAACCCGUCAAAGAGCAGCCACGCCCGCGGGUGGAUCCUGCUGUCACUCUGUGUGGGCUGCUUCGCCCCCUCCGAAAAGUUUGUCAAAUACUUACGGACGUUUUUGAACGGCGGUCCUCCUGGUUAUGCGCCAUAUUGUGAGGAACGGUUACGGCGGACAUUUGUCAAUCGAACACGGCUGCAGCCGCCAUCAUGGUUGGAAUUACAGGCCACAAAGUCUAAGAAGCCCAUCAUGCUCCCGGUGACGUUCAUGGAUGGAACCACCAAAACUCUGCUGGCAGACUCGGCAACCACUGCCAGCGAGCUGUGCAAUGCUCUAGCUGAUAAGAUAAACCUCAGAGAUCGCUUCGGCUUCUCGCUCUACAUUGCGCUCUUUGAUAAGGUGUCGUCAUUGGGCAGUGGCAGCGACCACGUCAUGGAUGCCAUUUCUCAAUGUGAGCAGUAUGCCAAAGAGCAGGGUGCCCAGGAGAGAAACGCCCCCUGGAGGCUGUUCUUCAGGAAAGAGAUCUUCACACCCUGGCACAACCCCACUGAAGACAGUGUUGCCACAAACCUCAUUUACCAGCAGAUAGUCAGAGGGGUGAAGUUUGGAGAGUACCGCUGUGAACGGGAGGAGGAUCUGGCGGACUUGGCCUCCCAGCAGUACUUUGUGGAUUAUGGUGCUGACAUCCUGCAGGAUCGCCUGUUCACCCUCGUCCCGUCCUACAUCCCUGACAGGGAAAUCACCUCCAUGAAGACGGCAGAGAAAUGGGUCCAGCUCAUCAUUGCCGCCCACCAAAAGGGACUUCACGCCAUGAGGAGGCUCAAUGCACUGAGGGUGAAGGAAGACGUUGUGGACUUUGCUCGUUUAAAGUGGCCUUUACUCUUCUCACGCUUCUAUGAGGCCUUCAAGUUUUCAGGGCCGAGUCUGCCCAAGAAUGACGUGAUUGUAGCGGUGAACUGGACCGGUGUUUAUUUUGUGGAUGAACAGGAACAAGUUCUCCUGGAACUCUCAUUCCCAGAAAUUACUGCCGUGUCCAGCAGCAGGGGUGGGAAGCUUCAGGGUCAGAGUUUUACACUCGCCACCAUCAAAGGAGACGAGUACACGUUCACGUCCAACAAUGCCGAAGACAUCCGUGACCUGGUGGUCGCCUUCCUCGAGGGUCUGAGGAACAGGUCCAAGUAUGUGGUGGCAGUGGUGGACUGUCCCAACCCUGCGGCGGCAGAUUCCACUUUCCUCGGGUUCUCAAAGGGCGAUCUGAUCGUUCUGGACGAGCACAGUGGCGAGCACAUGAAGACCUCCGGCUGGGCUCACGGUAUCAACAAGCGGACCAGGCAGAGAGGAGACUUCCCCGCCGACUGUGUGUAUGUGCUGCCCUCUAUCACCAGGCCACAGUAUGACUUUGGGGCGCUGGUCUCCAUGAGUUCAGAUCAGAGGAGAGAAUCCAUCACUUUGUCCCACAUCAGCCUCUCUGAUAAUGAGGACAAGUCCAAGGUCUACACCCUGGAAGAGUUCUCCUACGACUACUUCAGGCCACCUCCUAAAAGCACCCUGAGCAGGGUGAUGAUGUCGAAGGGGAGAGGGAAGGAGCGCCUGUGGAGCUACUCCAAGGAGCCCCUCAAACAGCCUCUGCUGAAGAAGGUGCUGCUCCACGACGAGCUUGCCCAGGAGGCCUGCUUGGCCUUCACAGCCGUGAUGAAGUACAUGGGCGACUACCCGUUCAAACGAGCGCGCUCAGUCAGCGAGCUCACCGACCAGAUCUUUGAAGGAGCGCUGAAGGCAGAGCCGCUCAAAGACGAGAUCUUCUGUCAGAUUCUCAAACAGCUGACGGAUAAUAACAUCAAGUACAGUGAGGAGAAAGGUUGGGAGCUGCUGUGGCUCUGCACCGGUUUGUUUCCUCCCAGUAACAUCCUGCUGCCGCAUGUCCAGAAGUUCCUUCAAGCUAAAAAACACUUCCCGCUGGCUCCAGACUGCAUGCAGCGGCUCCAGAAAGCCUUGCGAAACGGGUCGAGAAAGUACCCGCCUCACCUGGUGGAGGUGGAGGCCAUCCAGCACAAAACCACUCAGAUUUUCCACAAAGUUUAUUUUCCUGAUGACUCCGAUGAGGUGUUUGAAGUGGAGUCGAGCACAAAGGCCAAAGAUUUCUGCCACAACAUCUCUGGACGACUUCUGCUGAAGUCCUCCGAGGGUUUCAGCCUUUUUGUGAAGAUCACUGACAAGGUCAUCAGUGUUCCUGAUGGCGACUUCUUCUUUGACUUUGUGAGACACCUGACUGACUGGAUCAAGAAAGCCAGACAUUUUAAAGACGGUGUUGUUCCUCCGCUGACGUAUCAGGUCUUCUUCAUGAAGAAGUUGUGGACGAACACCGUCCCUGGAAAUGACUCCAUGGCUGAUUCCAUCUUCCAUUUCUACCAAGAGCUGCCAAAAUACCUGCGCGGGUACCACAAGUGUUCACGAGAGGAAGUGCACCAGCUGGGGGCGCUGAUCUAUAGGGUGAAGUUUAAGGAGGAUAAAUCCCAUUUCUACAAUAUUUCCAAGAUCCUCUGGGACCUGGUCCCUCAGGACCAGAUCAGACACCUCCCCCCCGAAGACUGGAAGAGGUCCAUCGUGUCUCUGUUUAACAAACAGUCGGGGAAAAGUCGAGAAGACGCAAAACUUUCCUUCCUCCGAAUUAUUUACAAGUGGCCCACGUUUGGCUCCGCCUUCUUCGAAGUCAAGCAAUCAAGUGAUCCAAAUUACCCAGAAUCCCUCCUGAUAGCGAUCAACAAACAUGGAGUCAGCCUGAUUGAUCCAAAGUCAAAGGACAUUCUCAUCACUCACCCGUUCAGCAAGAUCUCCAACUGGAGCAGCGGAAAUACAUACUUCCACAUCACCAUCGGAAACCUGGUCCGAGGCACCAAACUGCUGUGUGAAACGUCUCUGGGCUACAAGAUGGAUGACCUCUUGACCUCCUACAUCAGCCAGAUGCUGACAACAAUGACCAAACAGCGAAGCGCCCGAGUCAACAACAACUGAUCAAAACCCUGGAACCAGAUCAAACCAGAGUUCGAGUCGUUCUAGCCGCUGCCACUGCACUUACAUCAGACACUUAGAAAUCUUUGAACUUAUUACUUGCUCAUAAAUAAGCACAACAAGCUAAUUUUCAAGCUGUCUAAAUGCUAACUAGCCAUGCUGUCUUUCCUGAUGAGUCAUUGCAGCAACUGGAAUAGCUGAGUUAGCGUGCUAGCUAGCUUUUCUUUGUAGACUGUGUUAAAACUGCAGCUAAGCUAGUCUGAAGCUAUAAGUAACAUUGCAGCAUCACAGGUUUUUUUUUUAAAUAGAUGGUUGAUGCGUCGCCAACGGUUUCAAAGUAUUAGUGCUGUCUUAAAACUCACCUGCUGCCUUUAAAUGAGCUUUUCCCCAUUACCACACUAAUUUUUAAAGGUGA